GCUCGACCUCAGCUGCGGGGCGGGCCGCUGCCGCCCAGCCCUGCCAAAGCUGCCGGCGCCGCCAUGGUGGAGGCCUGGUACAUGGACGAGUCCCAGGAGGACCAGCGGGCUCCCCACAGGCUGGAGCCCAACCGCGCCGUCAGCCUGGAGCAGCUGCGCCGUCUCGGUGUCGCCUACCGCAGAUUGGAUGCUGAUAACUAUGAGACUGACCCACGUCUGAAAGAGAUUCGGGAAGCAGAGAAUUAUUCUUGGAUGGAUAUAGUGACUAUACAUAAAGACAAGCUGCCAAAUUAUGAAGAAAAGAUAAAAACAUUUUAUGAAGAGCAUUUACACCUAGACGAUGAAAUUCGUUACAUCUUAGAUGGAUCUGGCUAUUUUGAUGUUCGAGACAAGGAUGACAAAUGGAUCCGGAUUUCCAUGGAGAAAGGAGACAUGAUAACCCUCCCUGCUGGCAUAUAUCACCGAUUUACACUGGAUGAGAAUGUAUGUUAUCAUAAAUUACCCUACGUUUUGAUGACAAAUAGAUGUCACAAAUUCAGCUUCAUCUCAUCAGCUGUAACUGCAAGUCAUUGCCACGUGUAUCCAUAGCACAUACCUUGUGUGACAGUGGCCUGAGAGCCAAACCCUGCAGCUGUCCCUCGCCCAAUUGCCCCCGCUGUCAGCUGCGGUGUGGAGAUGGAUCCCUCUGCGUCGCGUGUCUUUGUAGGGCCAGACAGAGCAUAUCUUUGUACAGCAGUGGCAUUCUUCAAGUGCUAAAUUCACCUUCAGGGAAAGAAUGAUUUAAGGCUGCAGAGCCACUGCAUGCUGCUAGCGUAUGCUAGAUUGAAUGCUGACUUCACAGGAGGUGACCUGCUUUUGGAGAGUGUUUUGGCAGAUGGAUUGUGAGAUUGCACACGUAGUCCUGAUCUGUGUGCCUGCCCUUGUGGACUCUUACAAAUACAUUUUUAAUCUUAGCAUUAGCCCUGGUAGAUAGGGAAAUGUGUACUGUUGUCUCCUGUGUGGCAAAGCUCCAUUUCUGGUAUAGUCCUGAGUGUGGUAUGAAUUCAAAUCAGAUGUCCAGAUAAUGUUUGUUGUUUAUGUAAAUAGCAAUAGUAAUAAAGAUUAAAAAAAAAUA